AAUGGUUUAUGGAAUUGCUAACAAAACUAUUAAACUCUUUUUGUUUACGACAAAUUUAUUGAUUUUUAUUUUUGGUGGGUUGCUUUUUAGCUUUUCGUUAUGGGCAAAUUUGGACAGAAAUUUUGCUUCCCAUUUACAUGAUUUUACUCAAAAAAUUAAAAUGUAUAAUGAAUUGGUGGAUAAAGUGGCGACUUAUCAAUCAUCAUUAUGGAUUUUGGUUGCAAUCGGAGCUCUGCUAAUGGUUGUUGGUUUUUUGGGGUGUUGCGGAGCUUCUUGUGAAAACAUUUUUCUUUUGACUUUGUUUUCAAUUGUCUUGAUUGCUCUAUCAUUAAUUGAAGCCUAUGUUUUAAUUGCUCUCUUUACUAACAAAGAUGUUUUACUUGAUGACUUGCAAGGUGCUUUGGCUAAAAGUUCGGAAACUCCGGAAGGACGUCAAAAUUUGAAGCCAAUAGAAGACUUGUUAAAUUGUUGCGGGGCAACUGCAAAGACUAGACUUUUAUAUGUUAAUGAAGGAUUGUGUGCUGGCGAAUUGGCUAGAACUGAAGACUGUUUUAAUGUUCUCUCGUCUAAAAUUGAUUUGAUGGGGGCAACAAUUGUUAAAUUUGGUCUUUUGCUUUUACUGCUUCAAUUGACUUCAGUUUUCUUUUCGAGUCUUCUUUGCAAAGCUUUCCGCGAUUAUUACUCGCCUGUUGGUUAUACUUCUACUUACUAUCGAGAUUGA